AUGAAAUGUGAUAUUUGCUUACCUGCUUGCGUUAAUCUUACUUUAUGGCCACAUUUUGCUGGUAGCAUGAAUCAGAGACUUAUAAUAUUGCUAAGUCUUUUUACCUUGACUGGUAUAAGAAAUAAAUGGUCUUUUCAUCAAAGACAAAUAGCGGAGAAGUUGCGGCAGGGCCAUGCAGUCAUACCCGAGGCGUUCGACAGCGUUAGUAUCUUCUUCUCGGACAUAGUAUCUUUCACCGAGCUGUCCGCAAAGUGCACUCCCAUGCAGGUAGUCGACUUGUUAAACGAUUUUUACACGACCUUUGAUAGCACCAUAGAAAAAAGAGACGUAUAUAAGGUGGAGACCAUCGGCGAUGCAUAUCUCUGUGUAUCUGGACUACCCCAUCGAAAUGGCAACGAACACAUCAAGGAAAUCUGUCUAAUGUCGAUUUCAUUGCUGAAAGAUCUGAAACAAUUUCGUAUUUCUCAUAUGCCUUCAUAUCGGAUAAUGAUACGCAUUGGGAUUCACACAGGUAGCUAA